GGGCGUCAGAUGGGGCGCCCACCAGACGCCCACAGCACCCUGGCCCCAGCUGGCACCACGGAGGUGCUUGGGCUCAUUCCGGACCUUGUUGCCAGGACACCCUGGCCCUACUGGGCACUCGCCGUUGUCACUCUUGCCGCUGGCGUCUUCAUUGCCCUCUGCCUCCUCUGUGUCUGCCGCCGCCGCCGCCGCCGCCGCAGGAAGGAGCCCGGAGACAAGGAGGCCGUGGGCCUGGGCAGUGCGCGCAGCACCAUCACCCCCCACCUGGUGCAGCCGGAUGUGGAUAACCUGGGCAGUCCUGGGGAGCCCCAGCAGUGGGGGCGCCUGCAGCUGUCCCUGGAGUACGACUGUGGGAGCCAGGAGAUCAGGGUGUGCCUGAAGCAGGCAGCCGACCUGAAGGCGACGGGCACGGCCGACCCCUACGCCCGCGUCAGCCUCUCCACCCAGGCCGGGCGCUGGCACGAGACGAAGGUGCACCGGGGCGUCCUCUGCCCCGUGUUCGACGAAACCUGCUGCUUCCACGUCCCGCAGGCGGAGCUGCCCGAGGCCACCCUGCAGGUGCAGCUGCUGGACUUCAAGCGCUUCUCCGGGCACGAGCCCCUGGGAGCGCUCAGCCUGCCCCUGGGCGCCAUGGACCUGCAGCACGUCCUGGAGCGCUGGUACCAGCUGGGCCCGCCCGGCUCCGCCGAGACCGAGCCUCUGGGGGAGCUGUGCGUGUCGCUGCGGUACGUGCCCGGCGCGGGCCGGCUGUCCGUGGUGGUGCUGGAGGCCCGCGGCCUGCGUUCGGGGCUGACAGAGCUCUACGUGAAGGUGCAGCUCAUGCUGGACCAGCGGAAGUGGAAGAAGAGGAGGACGUCUGCCAGGAAGGGCUCUGCCAGCCCCUACUUCAACGAGGCCUUCACCUUCCCCCUGCCCGUCGGCGAGGUCCAGAGCGUGGACCUGGUGCUGGCCGUCUGGGCCCGCGGCCCACAGCUCCGGGCCGAGCCCGUGGGCAAGGUGCUGCUCGGCGCCCACGCCUCCGGCCAGCCCCUGCAGCACUGGGCAGAUGUGCUGGCCCACGCCCGGCGGCCCGUCGCCCAGUGGCACCGCCUGCGGCCCGCGGGGGAGGUGGACCGCGUGCUGGCUCUGCGGCCCCGCCGGCGCCUGCCCUUGCCUCACUCCUGA